GCUCGCUAACGGUCACAAAGUUUGUCAACAACAAACCGAGUUCAGCUACAAAAGCCAGUCAGUCAGUGAAGAGAGAAGUUUUUGGUUUGUACCUUCACGGCAGGUGGACGUCGACACCCAUUUUCUUAUUCAAGUCGUUGAAGUAGCCAAGAGGACAAAAAAAGAAAAAUGGCCAACAAGGGUCUGCAGAUCCUGGGCUUCAUCCUGGCUCUCGUGGGCGUCAUUGGACUAAUUAUUGGCACAAUUUUGCCUCAGUGGAAGAUGUCCGCGUAUGUCGGCGAUAACAUCAUCACAGCCGUGGCCAUGUAUGAAGGACUGUGGAUGUCCUGCGCCUUCCAGAGCACAGGCCAAAUCCAGUGCAAAGUCUAUGACUCCAUCCUGCAGCUCAACAGUGCCCUCCAGGCGACCCGUGCCCUCAUGAUUGUCAGUAUUAUAGUAACACUGGCAGGUUUAGGUGUCGCCGUCAUGGGAAUGAAGUGCACCACCUGUGGAGGAGAUGACAAAGUGCGCAAGUCUCGCAUUGCUAUGGUCGGUGGCAUUAUCAUCCUGGUUGGAGCGUUGUGUUCCAUUGUUGCCUGCUCCUGGUACGCCCACGACAUCAUCCAAGCCUUCUACAACCCUUUCACCCCUGUCAAUACCAAGUACGAAUUUGGAUCAGCCAUCUUCAUUGCCUGGGCUGGAGCGUUCCUGGCUGUCGUGGGAGGAGGUAUGCUGGCAGCAUCCUGCCCCCGAGACAAGUCCACGCCAAAGUAUCCCAUCUCAAGACCCCCCAGCAGCAAGGAGUAUGUUUGAGCGCGACAGGACUCGGCGUUAGAGGCUGAAGGAACACUUGGACACUCAUGCUAGUCCAACUCACAGAUUGAAACUUUGAAAUGCUGUAUUCCAGGAGGCUUUUUUUUAUUUUUAUUUUUAUUGUUAUUGUUUUUUUAUGUUGUAUCUUAGUUUCUUCAGGGUUCCCCUGUGAUGUUACUGUAAUACUACGAGACGCAGUACAAGUUUUAAAUAUUAGCCAUUUACUCGUAAGAAUUGUCCCACUGGCCUUGCCUGGAACGGCGGAGUGACGUACUUGCCACUCAAGCUGACACUUGUAAAGCACUAAGUUAAACACCAUUUUAUUGUUCAAUGUGUUCUGUGGUGAAUGUUUGACUCGCUGCAUUAUUGGAGUUCACGUGUUUGAAUGCACUGAGCAGAAAUCAGACAUGGCAGUGGACGACUUGUGAGCCAUUUAUUUCAGUGGAGGCUUCAUGUGUAAUAGUUCAUCAUCCGGCACCUGAUUAACAGUUUCUUUCCAUGUUUUUGUGACCCAUUUACAUGAACAACGCUGUAGACUAGUUCAUGUUAACCACAUGCCGAGUGACGUUUUCAUGUAUAAACGACCGCUUACUGCCCGCUUUAUUGCCAAAUAUUGUUGUUUUUUUGCGUACAUGCAGCAUGCAAAAAGUUGUGAACCAUUUCUGCAUCCGAUUACUGUUUGUGUGAAUGGGCUUGGCUUCUGAUCAUGUUUUUUUAUUUACAGUAGCUGUUGCUGCACGUUUCGUUUUUAAAAACUUUUUAAUGUGUGAUGUGCAGAGUUAUUGUUGUACAUAAAAUAAAAGUGAAAAAUAUAUUG